CUAAUCAAAUCUGUCAAAAACAGCAGUGAAUGGAUCUUGCUUUGCUUUACAUUUAUGAUAUUAACCAUUCGCUUACAAUAAUAACAGAGAUUUAUUCUCAAUAUGGCUCAAACAGCGGGUGUAAAGCCCAUGGCCAUUGCUGGUCGUGUGGCAAUUGAAAGAGAACGGUGCAUUGGUAUGACUGAUGCCGAAAGAGCUUGGCGUAAGCAGUGGUUGCAAGAUCAAGUUUUGGCCUCUAACGAGCCCGUACACGUUGAAGAGUACUGGAGAGAACGUACCAAUCCCAUUCGCCGUUUCUACCGCUACCCUUUGGACACUUUGUAUACUAAACUUACGCCCGUUUUGGGAAAAGAAAGAGCUAUAAAUUACAGGUAUAUCACUGGGAAACUUGGACUUAUUGCAUUAGGCGUCCUUUCAGUUCAUUACUACUUCAAAUACCAAGGAAAUGAUUGGACUAAAAAGGGUGGUUGGAGAGUAUUGAAAUCUAAGCCAAUGGUUCUCCCAGGCCAGCCAGGUUUUCCAUACAAAUCUGAGAAGUGUAAUGAUUCAGAUUAUGCUGAAAGAGGUUUCAAAAAGGCUACCAUCUAGAUAGACAUUGUGACGAAUGUUACAGCUAUUAACGAUUCACAUGUAACUACACUAAGUCAGUAGAUGUCUUGCAGUGUCUUACAGUAAUACAACAAAGAUUAUGUAAAUUGUUUAGUAAAUAAAUUUUAUUUAUAA